AACAAUCAAACCAUUCCAUACAGUAUUGUUUCAGUUUAGUUGCAAUAGUAAGUAAAAAAUAAACAAAAAAGAAACUUCUUCUACUCUUCGGCGUCUCCGACGGUAUCUUCCGCCGUAACGCCGCCGUCAGAUGCCGAAAUCUUCUACUGAAAAAAUCUGUAAUUCUCUCAUGAAUCUCAGUCUUCACUAUACGAUUACCUUAAUUUUGGUAAAAGUUGAAUGAUGUACUUCUUUUGAAGUUGCCAUUUUACUUUAAGAGUUUAAUUUUGAGAUCUGCUGCAAAUUUAGAGAUCAACAGCAUUUUUUGCUGAUCUACGGAGAUUCGUAUGUCAGUUGGAUUCUAGUCUCUGCCUGUAACCAUGUAUUUUACGUGAAUCGAGUUUUACUUAUAAAAACCUGUGAGCUUUUGAAGGAUUUCGUAGGGAAAUUGGGCUGAAAUUCUGGAUUUAGAGAUGGGAACGAACAUGGAGGAAGCAUUGAAAGCUAAAACAAAUGCUGAAAGGAGAUUCGUGGAGAAAGACAUUUUGGGUGCAAAAAAUUAUGCUCUGAAAGCUCAGAUGUUGUACCCUCACUUGGAAGGAAUAUCACAAAUGGUAGCGACAUUUGGAGUCCUUAGUGCUGCAGAGACGAAGGUUAAUGGAGAAUAUGAUUUCUAUGCAAUACUGGGUUUAGAUUCCUCUGUUGACAAGGCUAAGCUGAAGAAACAGUAUAAGAAGAUGGCUGUGUUACUCCAUCCUGAUAAGAACAAAAGUGUUGGAGCUGAUGGUGCAUUUAGACUUGUCUCGGAAGCAUGGACGGUGUUGUCUGAUGCUUCCAAAAGAAGCUCGUAUGAUCACAGGAGAAGUUUAUUUACUCUGCAUGGUUCUGGUGUUGGGAGCUAUGACAGUUACUCCAAUUCAUCAGUUUCUCACAACAGGCUUGAUACAUUUUGGACUGUUUGUACCUCUUGUCACGUUCAGUAUGAAUAUCUAAGGAAGUAUCUGAACAAAAGACUGUCCUGUAAGAACUGUCGUGGGGUUUUCAUAGCUGCUGAAACAGGAUUGGCUCCUGUUAAUGGUUCCUAUUCCUAUAGCUCUUGGUCUAAUGGAUAUGGAAGCCAUGGUUGCGGGGCUACAUAUGUCCCAACGACAUCUGUUUAUCCUGCAAAUAAUGGGGUCUCAGGACAUCAUUCUGGACCUUGUUCCGAGCAUGUCUCCAAUUUGUCUUUUCAGUGGAGCUCCUGCGGAAAUUCUGCUCCAGUUUUAGAUUCCAAUGGAUCAUCCACAGCUGUCAGUUUUGCGAACCAGGCAAGUAGGAAAAUCACCAGAAGAAGAGGCAGAGGGAAGCAUGAAGUGAAAAAGGUGGUGAGCAACGGGGUUCUUAACGGGCAUGCUGUGUGCAAUGAACAAAUCCCCCGCAGGCCUGGUAGACCUCCUAAGAAGGUAAAAAUUGGUGUGGAAGGUACAUACAGCUUUAGUAAUGGAGAAAUGGCUCAAAAAACUGCUGGAGAAGUUAAAAUGGCUGAUGGAAAUGGGGACGGAAAUUUGAAACAAAAUGUUAAGCUUCCAAAUCCUGUUGAAGCUUCAAUAAAAAGACAUUCCGCUGCUCCUGCGUUUGAUGCAAGACGGUUACUAAUUGACAAGGCAAGAGCAGAUAUCCGCAAGAAACUGGAAGAGAUCAAGUUGGCUUCAGAAGCUGCUGCUGCAGAGACCGAGAAGAAGAGAAAGGCAGAUGCCGAGUUUGGUGAAUCAGGUGAGAGACCUAAAGGGGCAGUACAGGAAAUUGUUGUUCAUCAAUCAGAACUGGGGAAAACUGGAUCCAUGACAAUAGUAGUCCCAGAUUCUGACUUCCAUGAUUUUGACAAGGAUAGGUCAGAAGAUUGCUUCAGACCUAAGCAGAUAUGGGCUUUAUAUGAUGAGGAAGAUGGUAUGCCUCGCUUGUAUUGUUUGAUUCGUGAAAUCAUAUCUGUGAAACCAUUCAAAGUUCAUAUCAGCUACAUAAGUUCAAAGACAGAUAGCGAAUUUGGGCUGGUCAAUUGGUUGGAUUCUGGUUUUACCAAGUCAUGUGGAAAUUUUAGGGCCUUUAACUCUGAAAUUGUUGAGCAUGUAAACAUAUUUUCUCACCUGCUAAGUAAGGAGAAAGUUGGAAGGGGAGGUAGUAUUAGAAUCUACCCAAAAAGUGGAGACAUUUGGGCUGUAUAUCGAAAUUGGUCACCAGAUUGGAACGGAACAACCCCAGCUGAAGUAAGGCACAAGUAUGAAAUGGUUGAGGUUCUUGAUGAUUAUUCCGAAGAGCUUGGUGUCUGUGUUACUCCUUUGGUUAAAUUAGAUGGGUUCAAGACAGUAUACUCUAGAAACACAGACAAGGAUGCCAUUCGAUUGAUUCCAAGAAGAGAGAUGUUACGAUUUUCACAUCAGGUACCAUCUUGCUUACUGAAAGGUGAAAGAAUGAACUUGCCUGAGGGGUGCUGGGAUCUUGACCCUGCUGCAAUUCCAGAAGAUUUACUUCAGCGAGUAAAUGACGCCAAGGAGGAAAGAACUACUGAAGCUGAAAGCGCAGUGGGAUUUGAUCUAAAUGUGACAUCUCAAGCUGAAACCAAAAUGUUGAUGGAAGAAAAACUUGGACAAACAGAAUAUCCUGGUGUUCCUGAUGAGCUCCAUGGCACUAGAUGUGGUUUGCAGAUUCAAGAUAUCUCAAAUGAACCGCAAAACCUGUUCAGGAUUUCCACCGAGCUUCCUCAAUCUGUAAAGGAAGUUCAUAGUUGUGAAGAACCCAGCAGAAUGGAAAAAAAUUUCUCUGCUACACCAGGUGAGCAUUUUCGGGCUGUAACAGAGGUAUAGGUGAAGGAAAGCUUUACCAAGAUAAAUAAGGUAUUAAAAUCAGAGGUCCUGUUCAUCAGUCAUUCUAACAGUAUCGAGAUUCAAAUUGUAUAGAUUUUAAUACACAACGAAGAAUGAUUCUCAAAAUAUUAGAUAGCUCCAAGGAUCCAAGCAAUACUUAACAGAUGCCCCCAUUGUUUUAGGCGGCUAUAGGUCUGGUUAACGACUUGUAAUGGUAUUUCAUAUUCUGCUCUUAACUGCUUAUUAUGUCUCAGUUUAGUGAUUAUAAGGACAUAUUCUUGAUGCCUUUGCUGAAUGUUCUCAGGAACUGCAGUGUUAUAGGCAUCAAAUCAUCCUUGAAACAUCCAACUGCUGUAGUUCAAAUUUUCAAUUCUAUCUUGGUUUCUCUUCUGUGGCAGUGAA